ACGUGACGUCGCUUCCUCUCUCCAACAUGGCGCAGGAGGCAGGUCGCUAAUGGAAGUCUGAGGGAUUUACGCCACCUUGUGUGUGUUUAUUUAUGUGUGUGUGUUCGGGUCUGCGCGGCGGCUGACAUUGUGAAGCGGGGAUACAUCUGUGUUCGCAGCGGCUGCAGCAGCCCUCACCCCUCCCUCACACCCCCCUCUCCCUCUCGUGGGACCAGGCUCACACACACACUCACACACCUCGCCCCAAAUUCCGGUGCGACAUGUUUGAGGGCAAAAAGACGAAAAACAUGUUCCUGACACGGGCUUUGGAAAAGAUCCUGGCGGACAAGGAGGUGAAAAAGGCGCACCACUCUCAACUGCGCAAAGCCUGCGAGGUGGCACUGGAGGAAAUCAAAGAAGAGUCGGAGAAGUUAAGUCCACCCAGUGGAGACGGCAAAUCUGGUUCCAGCACUUUACCUCCAAUCAAAUCAAAGACCACCUUCAUCGAAGCCGACAAGUACUUCUUGCCUUUUGAGCUGGCAUGUCAGUCCAAAUGUCCCCGCAUUGUCAUCACCUCACUCGACUGUUUACAGAAACUGAUAGCGUACGGCCACCUGACGGGCAGCGCCCCGGACAAUACGGCCCCGGGCAAGAAGCUCAUCGACCGGAUCAUCGAGACCAUCUGUGCUUGUUUCCAAGGGCCGCAGACUGACGAGGGCGUCCAGCUACAGAUUAUUAAGGCUCUGCUGACCGCAGUCACCUCCCAGCACAUAGAAAUCCACGAGGGCACCGUCCUGCAGGCGGUCCGCACGUGCUACAACAUCUACCUGGCCAGCAAGAACCUCAUCAACCAGACCACGGCGAAGGCCACGCUCACACAGAUGCUCAACGUCAUCUUCGCCCGCAUGGAGAAUCAAGCACUUACAAAUCACAAGCUAUCUUGGUCUCUGGCCUCCAGAAAGCGUGAUCGCCAGCUGCAGGAAGCGAAGCAGCUGGAGAGAGAGCGGCACCGGCAGCACUCCCCGGUCGCCCAGCACGCCGAGCCAGACUCCCCCCAGCUCCAGACUCACAUCCACCCACAGGCCAAGGGUUCGAGCGGCCAGGAGGCCAACGGUCCCGUGAGCCCUCCGACUCCCAGCAUCAACAUCCCAUCCACGCCGUCCACCCCGUCGACACCGGCGCCGGACGGCGGCAGCAGCAGCAGCAGGUCCGUGUCUGUGGAGCAGGAGGAGCAGGGAGAGCGGGGGCCGGCCUUCGAAAGCCCGGAUCCAGAGAACGGUUCUGACUUCUGCGUGGCUGAAAACGAGCAGACUGAGGCCGACCAGGCUACCGCAGCAGCUCAGAACGCAGCAGCUCAGCAGCAUCAGGAGGCAGGAGGCGGGCGUGACGAGGAGGAGCAGGGUCCAAACUACGAGGAGAAGGCGCAGGAAAUUGUGCAGAGCAUCUUGCAGGAGGUCGUCAAUACUGUUGCAGGAGCUUCAAGUGGUUCCAACGAAAUGACUCAUCGUCUUGUCUCCAAUCAAACACGUCUCUGCUCCAUCGUCACCACAGGACACUGCCUGGACCCUGCGAACCUCUGGUCCGACACCAAGGAGUCUGGUGGCGAGGGCGAGGGCGAGGGCGAGCCGGCGGAGUCGGAGGCGGCCGAAGCGGUGACGGAGGGGACCCAGAGCUCCCUCGAUGACGAGGGCACGCUGGGUAGUGACAGCGAGCACGUCCACGCUAACGGGAUCCCCGGCACGCCCAUUUCUGCCAGUUUCACUCCCUCGCUGCCUGAUGACAGACUGUCUGUCUCCUCUAAUGACACUCAGGAAUCAGGAGCAGCGCCCGGGCAGCCACCAGGUGCUAAAUUCUCCCACAUCCUCCAGAAAGACGCCUUCCUGGUCUUUCGCUCACUCUGCAAGCUGUCGAUGAAGCCACUGUCAGACGGACCACCUGAUCCCAAGUCCCACGAGCUGCGGUCGAAGGUCCUGUCCCUGCAGCUGCUGCUGUCCAUCCUGCAGAACGCCGGGCCCAUCUUCAAGACCAACGAGAUGUUCAUCAACGCCAUCAAGCAGUACCUGUGCGUGGCCCUGUCCAAGAACGGCGUCUCCUCUGUGCCCGAGGUGUUCGAGCUGUCGCUGUCCAUUUUCCUCACGCUGCUCUCCCACUUCAAGACGCACCUGAAGAUGCAAAUUGAGGUUUUUUUCAAGGAGAUUUUCCUGUACAUUCUUGAAACGUCCACAAGCUCCUAUGACCACAAGUGGAUGGUCAUACAAACCCUCACCAGAAUAUGUGCAGAUGCCCAGAGUGUGGUGGACAUCUACGUGAACUAUGACUGUGACUUGAACGCUGCUAACAUAUUCGAGCGCCUCGUCAACGACCUCUCGAAGAUCGCGCAGGGUCGCGGCGGCCACGAGCUCGGCACGACACCGCUGCAGGAGCUGACCCUGCGAAAGAAGGGCCUUGAGUGUCUAGUGUCCAUCCUGAAGUGUAUGGUUGAGUGGAGCAAGGACCAAUACGUCAACCCCAACUCCCAGACGAGCCUCGGUGAGACACGGAUGCUUCAUGACUGCCAAGAGAAACCGUCGGAGCAGGAAAGCACAGAGACCAAAGCCCCUGAAACCAUAAAUCGUUAUGGCAGCAUUAACUCGCUGGACUCCACAGCCUCAUCUGGCAUUGGGAGCUACAGCACCCAAAUGUCGGGUACCGACAACCCCGAGCAGUUCGAGGUCCUCAAGCAGCAGAAGGAGAUCAUCGAGCAGGGAAUUGACCUGUUUAACAAGAAACCAAAGAGGGGAAUCCAGUACCUACAGGAGCAAGGCAUGCUGGGUACAACCCCAGAGGACCUUGCGCAGUUCUUGCACCAAGAAGAAAGGCUUGAUUCGACCCAAGUGGGAGAGUUCCUCGGCGAUAAUGACCGCUUCAACAAAGAGGUGAUGUACGCCUACGUGGAUCAAAUGGACUUCCUCGGCAAAGACUUUGUCUCCGCGCUGAGGACGUUCUUGGAGGGCUUCCGGCUCCCCGGGGAGGCGCAGAAGAUUGACCGGCUCAUGGAGAAAUUCGCAGCGAGAUACCUGGAGUGCAAUCAGGGCCAAACGCUGUUUGCCAGCGCUGACACCGCGUACGUCCUUGCCUACUCGAUCAUUAUGUUGACAACAGACCUUCACAGUCCUCAGGUGAAGAAUAAAAUGACAAAAGAGCAAUACAUCAAGAUGAACCGCGGCAUCAACGACAGCAAAGACCUGCCCGAGGAGAAUCUCUCGGCCAUCUACGACGAGAUCGCGGGGAAAAAGAUCGCCAUGAAGGAGACGAAAGAGCUCACGAUGAAAUCCAACAAGCAGAGUGUGGCCAGCGAGAAGCAGAGGCGUCUGCUGUACAACGUGGAGAUGGAGCAGAUGGCCAAGACGGCCAAAGCCCUAAUGGAGGCCGUCAGCCACGUCCAGGCUCCCUUCACCAGCGCCACACAUCUGGAGCACGUCAGGCCCAUGUUUAAGCUGGCAUGGACGCCCUUCCUGGCCGCCUUCAGCGUGGGUCUCCAGGACUGCGACGACACCGAGGUGGCCUCUCUCUGCCUGGAAGGCAUCCGCUGUGCCAUCAGGAUAGCGUGCAUCUUCUCCAUCCAGCUGGAGAGGGACGCGUACGUCCAGGCCCUGGCGAGGUUCACCCUGCUCACGGCCAGCUCUGGCAUCGCGGAAAUGAAGCAGAAGAACAUCGACACCAUCAAGACCCUCAUCACUGUGGCCCACACGGACGGCAACUACCUGGGCAACUCCUGGCAUGAAAUCAUGAAGUGCAUCAGUCAGUUGGAGCUGGCUCAGCUGAUCGGCACGGGCGUGAAGGCGCGCUACAUCUCAGGGACGGUGCGGGGCAGAGAGGGCUUUCUGGCAAGCACCAAGGAGCAGAGCAGCGACGAGUACCUCGGUUUAGUUGGAGGCACAGUGGACCGUAAGCAGAUCGCCAGCAUUCAGGAAUCCAUCGGCGAGACGAGCUCGCAGAGUGUGGUGGUAGCUGUCGACAGGAUAUUCACGGGCUCCACCAGACUGGAUGGUAACGCAAUAGUUGAUUUUGUGCGCUGGCUGUGCGCCGUGUCCAUGGAUGAGCUGGCCUCGCCCACGCACCCGCGAAUGUUCAGCCUGCAGAAGAUAGUGGAGAUCUCCUACUACAACAUGGGCCGCAUCAGGCUGCAGUGGUCCAGGAUCUGGGAGGUGAUCGGAGACCAUUUCAACAAGGUUGGCUGUAAUUCCAAUGAAGACGUGGCCAUCUUUGCCGUGGACUCUCUCAGGCAACUGUCCAUGAAGUUUUUGGAGAAGGGCGAGCUGGCCAACUUCAGGUUCCAGAAAGACUUCCUGAGGCCUUUUGAGCACAUCAUGAAGAAGAACAGGUCUCCCACCAUCAGAGACAUGGUCGUGCGCUGUAUCGCCCAGAUGGUCAACUCCCAGGCGGCGAACAUCCGCUCGGGCUGGAAGAACAUCUUCUCCGUCUUCCACCUGGCUGCGUCGGACCAGGACGAGAGCAUCGUGGAGCUGGCUUUUCAGACCACCGGCCACAUCGUCACGAAUGUAUUUGAAAAGCACUUUGCGGCCACCAUCGACUCCUUCCAGGAUGCUGUUAAGUGUCUGUCAGAGUUCGCCUGCAACGCCUCCUUCCCAGACACCAGCAUGGAAGCCAUCCGCCUCAUCCGACACUGCGCCAAAUACGUCUCAGAGAGGCCACAGGCUUUCAAAGACUACACCAGUGACGACAUGAAUGUAGCGCCCGAGGACCGCGUGUGGGUGCGAGGCUGGUUCCCCAUUCUCUUCGAGCUCUCCUGCAUCAUCAACAGGUGUAAGCUGGACGUCAGGACGAGGGGCCUGACGGUGAUGUUUGAAGUCAUGAAAACCUACGGUCACACCUUUGAGAAGCACUGGUGGCAAGAUCUGUUCCGAAUCGUCUUCAGGAUCUUUGACAACAUGAAGCUGCCCGAGCAGCAGACUGAGAAAGCGGAGUGGAUGACGACCACCUGCAACCAUGCACUUUAUGCCAUCUGUGAUGUCUUCACCCAAUACUUUGAGUCCCUCAGUGACGUCCUGCUGGACGACAUUCUGGCUCAGCUCUACUGGUGUGUGCAGCAAGAUAAUGAGCAGCUCGCUCGUUCGGGCACCAACUGUCUAGAGAACGUGGUGAUCCUGAACGGGGAGAAGUUUUCCCCCGAGACGUGGGACAAGAUCUGUAACUGCAUGCUGGACAUCUUCAAGACCACCAUCCCGCACUCGCUGUUGACAUGGAGACCAGAAGGAGAACACUCGACAACACAGAGCCUGUCAGACAAACACUCGGACUCUGUUUCCCAGAAGUCCGUGGACAUCCAGUCGCGCUCCGACGACCAACAUUCCAUCAGCAGCGCUGACAGAGUCGCCGCCGAGAACCGCUGGCAGAGUCCGUACAGCACGGCCUCAGGCGCGUACGAGGACAACUCCCGGAGCAGGACCCCUUCAAAAAUCCAGGAGCAGCGUCUGUUCUCGGCCUUGCUGAUCAAGUGCGUCGUGCAGCUGGAGCUCAUCCAGACGAUCGAUAACAUCGUGUUUUUUCCUGCCACCAGUAAGAAGGAGGACGCCGAGAACUUUGCUGCCGCUCAGCGGGACGCCGCGUGUGCCGCAGACGUCCCCGUGGAGAAGCAGGACCAGGGCAUGUAUCGCUACCUGACCUCUGAGCAGCUCCUCAAGCUGCUCGACUGCCUGCUGGAGUCGCACCACUUUGCGAAAGCGUUCAACUCCAACAACGAGCAGAGGACUCUACUGUGGAAAGCAGGUUUUAAAGGGAAGUCAAAACCCAACCUGUUGAAGCAGGAGACCAGCAGUUUGGCCUGUGGCCUGCGAAUCCUGUUCCGCAUGUACAUGGACGAGAGCCGCCGCGACGCCUGGGCGGAGGUGCAGAGACGACUUCUCAAUGUGUGCAGUGAGGCCGUGGCGUAUUUCCUGACUCUGACCUCAGAGAGUCACAGAGAAGCCUGGACCAACCUGCUGCUGCUCUUCCUCACCAAGGUGCUAAAGAUCAGCGACGACAGGUUCAAGGCCCACGCGUCCAGAUAUUACCCCCUGCUGUGUGAGAUCAUGCAGUUUGACCUGAUCCCAGAGCUGCGGGCCGUCCUCAGGAAGUUCUACCUGCGGAUCGGCCUGGUCUUCAACAUUGCACAGCUGCCCGAGCCGGAGCCGGAGCCGGAACCGGAGCCUCAACCGCGUCCACGCGGAGGUCAAGAGACGGACACGGAGGUGGGAGAGGAGGCUGGCGAGGAGGCGCAGUGACGGAGCUCUGCGUCACCUCAGCAGCCUCCACGUGGUUUUUCUAUCAAAACACUUUGGCCUAAAGUAGCUGAUUCGCUAUUUGCUACCACCCACCCACACCCUUAACCCCCUCGUCCUCCACCACCACCCGUACACAAACACGCCUACGAGCCCAGAUGGAGUCGUGGAAAUCACGAUACAUUAAAAAAAACAGUUAACGUCUUUGUACGAGGUGUAGCGAAGCCUCCACUGGAUAAAAAAAAAAACUACUGAUUAACGACUGUCUCAUAUCUGUGAUCUGCUCAGACGGAACAUGUUUCGACGGCGUGUGCUUCUUACUGUAUAUUUAAAAACAACGUAAAGGAACGAGCGGUUUCGACGGAGUGUGACGAGCGCAGCUCGACAGUAACGAUCUUGUCUGUCUGCACCUCAGAUGGCUAAUAUUAGUAUCCACAUCCUCCUUGGAUGAAACUAGUUGUACAGAUCUGCCGCUGUGUAACAUAAUCUUAUAACACUAGAUUAUUUUCAUUUAUUUUUGUUUGUUUGUUUUUUUUUCCUCUGAUGGAUUCAGCUGCACUUGAUCUUUUUCCUUUUUUUUUUUAUUUUAAAUGCACUGGAGAUUUUACUUUUGUGAUAAUUUAUUUUGACUUGUACUAUCUCCUGAAGAUUGUCCGACACAGUACGAUUUGUAUUUGACCAUUAAAAAAAAGAAACAAACAAAAAAAAAACAACAAAGUGAAGGGGUUAAAUUAAAUUAUUCCAUUUUAUGUGUUCUUAGGUUGGUAGACGGAGGUCGAUGAUUAACUGGGCAUCUGAAAACUGGAAAACAAGAGAGGGCAACGUGAUGCUUGCUGCUUUUUAAGUCACUCGUCUGUUUCUCGUCAUUGUUCUUGAGUUUAGUUUUCACUCUUGUGCACAAAAAUCAAAAGUUAAUAAUAAUAUAUUUAAUGUUUGUUUUUCUUUUUCCUUUUGGUUUUGGGGGAACGUUGUGUGUGUGUGUGUGUGUGCGUGCGUGUGUGUAUAGAGAAAAUGACAACAAACGUUAGCUGUGCUUUAAGUACGAAUGGGACGCGUUCCUGCUCAUGGAUGUAGAAAACAAAAAUGUAUAUGAUACAGCAAUGUAAAGUUUUCUAUGUUGCAAAAAAACAAAAAAAAGGAUUAUGUACAACUUUCUGUACGAUACAUCAUCUGGCAUUCUAAUCAGGUUCUAGGUCAAUAAAGUUUUUGAACUUGGUUGAUUUGAAAUGAUAAAUAA